CCAAAAUUAAUUUUAGAAAAGGGAAUGGAAAAAAAAAAGAGAGAAAAACUGGGGAGAAAAGUGCACAAGAAACAUUUGCAAAUUACAAACCCUUAAAUGGGGCUGGUCAAAAAUCCCCUCAAGCAACGGUUUGUGGUCAAUGAAACCAAAAUUUCCUAUAAAAUAUAUAUAAAUAAUGAAGAAAAAAUUACCUUUAUUUGCGUGGGAAAGGUGGAUUUUCAAUAACCAACUCUCCAUUAUUUACAGUUACUCUUGUUCUUCAGGAGGAACACCCGCCAAAAAAGAGAGAAAAAGCAAGAGCAAGAUUGUGAAAACCAUCCCCAAUUUCCCCACAACUGAAACCUAAUCUCCAAACAAUAAUAAUAAUAAAAUAAAUCGGCAUAAACGAUCGAUCGAAUUUUCAAUCAUGGCGCAAGCCUAUCCAGAGAAGAAGAUCAUCGACCAAGAAACUUCUUCUUCGCUACAGAGUACCGCCAGCAGUAAUAAGGAGAUGAUGAUGAUUACGGCGAUGAUCAAGGAGAAAGCCAAGCCACCGCCCACCACCCCCACCGCCGGCAGCGACAGCACAGCUUUGGCAGCGGCGGCGGCCGGUGGCUGCGGUGCUUCGUUCAAAUUCAAUGCGCAUGCUCCCGAGUACGUACCUAGAUCGCGUUCCGCCGGCGUCGCUGCCGCCACGACCGCCGCCGCCGCGCAGCAACAGAUGUCCCCGAUCUCCGGAUAUUUCUACCCUUGUCUCCACUACCUGAGCGCCACCGGUGGCUCCGAUUGGUUCUUCAUCGGCGGUGAUCAGGACGCUUCUUCCGCUGUCGGCGCCGCUUAUUUGAUCCCGAACCCUAAUGUCGCGUUACCUAAUUGCUCCGCCAAGGAUGCCUCCCAGGUUCUCACCGAAGAUUUCCGCCAGAAAAUUGUCAAACAGGCAGAAUACCAGUUCAGUGAUAUGAGUCUCCUUGCAAACGAAUCGAUGUCAAAGCACCUGAGCAAAGAUCCUGAAGGUUAUGUGCCUAUAUCUGUCAUUGCUUCCACAAAGAAAAUGAAGUCCCUUACCAGUAACCAUCAUCUGAUCACCCAGGCACUCAAAUCAUCUCCAAAGCUCGUUGUGCAUGAAGAUGGAAGGAAGGUUAAACGUAAGUUCCCGUUCACUGAGAAAGAGAGAGAGGAAUUGCAGUCUCGCAGUGUGGUAGUGGAGAAUUUGCCUGAGGAUCACUCUCAUCAAAACCUUGAGAAGAUAUUUGGUGUUGUUGGAAGUGUCAAAACCAUCAGGAUUUGCCAUCCUCAGGAAUCAAGCUCUUCUCGGUCUAAAAGUGAUUUCUUCAUGAGCAACAAGCUACAUGCUCUAGUGGAGUUUGAGACACCGGAUGUAGCUGAGAGAGCGGUGGAGAGGCUGAAUGAUGAAAGGAAUUGGAGAAAAGGGUUGCGAGUCAGAUUGCUCCUUAGAUACUCGCCUAAAUCAGUGCUGAAAAGCAGGAGGUCGGAAUUCGAAGGCGUAUUGGACGAUGAAGAGGGAUCAUUUUCUGAUUCACUUGAUGAUAUCUCUAUCCCAACAAGCACUGCAGAUCUCACUUCCGAGUCGAAGGUGGACGAAAUCUCUGGAUCAUCGAAGAAGGCGGGAUGCGGAAGAGGGAGAGGGAAGGGAAGAGGUGGAAGGUUGCAAAGCCAUGGCAGUGGGAGAGGCCUUCUCUCGCCAUCUCCACCGGCUGUUACAAGCAGCUUCGGUCCAUUUGAGGCAGCAGCGUCUGUUAAGUAUAAUGCUACAAAGGGUCCAAGAAUGCCUGAUGGAACCAGAGGAUUCGCCAUGGGAAGAGGCAAGCCGUUAAUGGUGGCUUCUCCUGCAACAGCAUCUGCAAUGGUGGAAUGAAUUCCAUGUUUCACUAUCGACAAGUAGCCAUAUAGUUCCAUUUUUUUUUCUUCUUCCUUCUAAUUCCUGUUUUGGUGUAGAGGUUGAGAGGCAAGAAGAGCUUCUUCUUCUUCUUCUUCUUACUUGGAGAAUAUGGCGCAAAUGACUUUUUGCCAUGUUUAGGAGGUGACAGAUACUUCCUGGGAUCAUCAAAUAAGUCUGGUGAGGUGUAUAGUACGAUUGGUAUAUGUAUGAAUUUGGUCUGUUCUUCUGACCAAACAAACAAAGGUGGUUAUGGUGGGCUUUUUCCCCCUUUAAUUGAGAUGAAAUUUUGGUUCAUUCUAUUACUGUAUAACAACAACACUUUUGCUUUGAAUAAAGAACUUGAUAACGAAUUUGAUGUUAUGCUUUUUAUGGUCGCUCAUAUUUCAACUAUUUCAAGUCGCUCUCGAAUAUGUUGAGAAUAUUUGUGGGUAGUGAUUUUAGUUGCAUUGAUCCAAUGUCUUUUGGAGUAGAAAUGAUUCAUGAAGUGGCGAGGACAAUCCUUCAUCUAGAUUAUGAUAAUCAAAUUGGUAUAAAUGUGGGGAGUAAUAAAAGUAGGGAGAAGUCAUAACAAAAUUUAGGGAUCGAAAACAAAAAAUCAUUACUUGGAAGGCUUGAAAAUUUUUAUAUAUAUAGAAGAGAUGUGGUCCUUGUUUUAUGCUCUCACUGAACUUUGAAUCAGUCGUGGAUAAUAUACCGGUUUGAGCUACAGCUUCGUAUUUUUAUCCCAAUAAAUUUACGAAAGAUAAGAGGUAAUAUCAAAUAGAAUUAGAACUUGGAAGAAUCAGUGUUAGCAAAUAGCAAUACACCAUGAUUAGAACUUAGUAAGGAGAAUUUGCACUCAACUCAACACAACACGUCGAUUACUAUUCUAAAACUCAACUCUAAAAGUGGAUGCGGCUAAAAAUAAGAGAAUUGAAAUUACAUACUAACUAUCAAAUGUUUCCCGCCAAAUGUCCAUAAUAUUUAACCAAAGCUGCAGAAUAAAUGAAUAUAUACCAACAACGGCAAAACUCGAUCAAUUGGCCUAUUAGCUCAGCUGGUUAGAGCGUCGUGCUAAUAACGCGAAGGUCACAGGUUCGAGACCUGUAUGGGCCAUUUUUUACAUCGUUUCUUACUGCUAUUUUUCUAAACGAUUCAAGGAUUGGUGCUUCCCUCUUACGAUUGCACUUUCAUGACUAUCUCGUAAAUGUAAUGUCUGUGGAUAGAAUUUCCUUUUCUGAUUUCACUAUACAACUAUUUGAUAUGGUGUAUCUGCAGAAUAAUGAUGUAUAAUGUAGAAGAAGAAAAAAAUCCUUCAUUCCAUGUCGAUACUCUAUGUGCAGGCUCGUGAUAAAAUAAAAUAAAAAAUCAAUGCUUGUCGUCACAAAAAUUUUCAUUAGUAACCUAUUGAUAGAUUUUCAUUGGUUCGCACUCGGCUUUCAUUGGUUUGCACUCGGCUGGUGAUUUGGUUAUUCUGACCCCGGAUCGGGAUGUUUUGAUGGCUAAGGGUGUGCAGUUUCAGUGGUUUGACGACCCCCUGGUUGUGGAAUUGGUGACGCUUCGUGAAGCUGUUCUUUGGUGUCAGUCUCUCGGCUUCGGGGAUAUUUCCUUUGAGGGGGAUGCGAAAGUUAUCAUUGAUAAAAUUAACCAAGCGGAUGCUAGCGAUAGUCGGUUAAGAGCUGUUCUGGAGGAACUCAUUCAGAUUUUUGCCAGCAAUCCUGGGUUUAGUGUUAGAUUUGUAGGUCGCUGUAGCAAUAGGGUAGCCCAUUUGGUGGCUAGAAAAGCCCUCUAUUUGUACCCGACUAUGCCUAUGUUUGGCCCGGCUUUUAGAAGUGCUUUUCGGCUUCAAAAUCUGAAGCAGGGCCAAACACCUCUAAAAGCUCGGCUUUUGAAAAGCCGAAAAGCGCUUUUGUAUAACAUAAAAGCAGAAGCUCCGAUUUGGAGCUUAUGCGAAAAGCUGUUUUGAAAAUACAAGAUUAUCCUUACC